AUGUCAGUUGAGGUUGACUGUACAGCAAACUCAAACACCUGUAAUAAGUACGGAGUCAGCGGAUAUCCCACCUUGAAGAUUUUUCGAGAUGGAGAAGAGGCAGGAACUUAUGAUGGGCCCAGGACAGCAGAUGGGAUUGUCAGUCAUCUCAAGAAACAGGCGGGACCUGCUUCAGUGGCUCUCAAUUCUGUGGCUGAUUUUGAGAAAUUCAUUGGUGAUAAAGAUGCUUCUGUAGUGGGCUUCUUUGGAGAUGCAUCUGGUGAUGCUUAUUCAGAAUUCAUGAAAGCCGCCAACAACCUAAGAGAUAACUACCGUUUUGCACAUACCAGUGAGGACCAAUUGGUGCAGAAGUAUGAGGAAGAUGGAGAGGGUAUUGUCUUAUUCCGUCCUCCGCGCCUGACAAACAAGUUUGAGGACAGCUCUGUCAAGUACACAGAAGACAAAAUCACCAGUGGAAAGAUCAAGAAAUUUAUCCAGGAGAACAUCUUUGGCAUCUGCCCACACAUGACUGAAGACAACAAAGACUUGAUCCAGGGGAAGGACUUGCUGGUGGCAUACUAUGAUGUGGACUAUGAGAAGAACGCCAAGGGCUCCAACUACUGGCGGAACAGAGUUAUGAUGAUUGCAAAGAAGUUCUUAGAUGCUGGCCACAAGCUGUCUUUUGCUGUUGCGAGUCGGAAAACCUUUGGUCAUGAGCUUUCGGAGUUUGGCCUAGACAGCAGUGUGGGUGAGGCUCCGGUGGUUGCCAUCAGAACCGCGAAAGGAGAUAAAUACGUCAUGCAGGAAGAAUUCUCGCGUGAUGGAAAGGCUCUGGAGAGAUUCCUGCAGGAUUACUUCGAUGGGAACUUGAAAAAGUAUCUGAAAUCAGAGCCUAUCCCUGAAAGCAACGAUGGCCCUGUGAAGGUGGUGGUUGCUGAGAACUUUGAUGAAAUCGUUAAUGCAGAAGACAAAGAUGUCCUGAUAGAGUUUUACGCACCCUGGUGUGGCCAUUGCAAGAAUCUGGAGCCCAAAUACAAAGAAUUGGGGGAGAAGCUCAGUAAAGACCCCAAUAUUGUCAUUGCCAAAAUGGACGCUACAGCCAAUGAUGUGCCUUCUCCGUAUGAAGUCAGAGGCUUCCCCACCAUCUAUUUUGCUCCAGCUGGCAAGAAGCAGAGUCCAAAGAAGUAUGAGGGUGGCAGGGAAGUGAGUGACUUCGUUAGCUACUUGAAGCGGGAGGCAACCAACACUCCCGUGCUGCAGGAGGAAGAUAAAACCAAGAAAUCCAAGAAGAAGGUGAAGGAGGAUUUGUAAAGCACCCACUCGCCAUCCUGUCGGGAUGAGCUCUGUGUGAAUUGGGGAAGCACUGGGCAGACUGGGGCCAGUUCUGGGUUGUGAAGAGCCAGUGACCACGUGGGCUGAGGGGACCCAGCUGCUGUAUCUAGUUCUGUUUAAUUUCCCGCCGUCUCUUAGCUGCACUGUUGUGGGGCUCCCCAGGCUGGUUUGUUUUGUGGUUUGGGAGGGG